AACCUCAGAGCCACGGACGUCAGACUCAUGCGCCAGUUGCUCGGUAUCAAUGAGAGCAUUGAGUCCAUCAAGUGGAUGAUUGAAGAAAAAGCCACCAUCACCAGCCGAGGCAGCAGUCUCAGUGGCAGCCUGUGCAGUCUGUUGGAGAGCCAGAGCACCUCGUUACGUGGCAGCUACAACAGCCUGCACGACGGCAGUGAUGGGCUGGACGGCAUCUCCGUGGGAAGCUACCUGGACACUUUGGCGGAUGAUGUCCCCGGUCAUCAGACCCCUUCAGACUUGGACCAGUUCAGUGACAGCUCCAUAAUAGAGGACUCCCAGGCACUGCACAAACAUCCCAAAUUGGAUUCUGAGUACUACUGCUUUGGCUAAUGACACAGCUUUCUGCAUGGGACUGGUGUGCAAUUAACUUGCAUUUUAUCCUUCUUUUCCGCUGCUAUAUUUUUGGUGUGAUUUUUUUUUAAUAAGACAAACUUUUUUUUUAAAAAAAAAAAAGCUUAUUUUUAAACUGCUUAAUGAUAUUUCUGUUGCUCCUAAUAUUCAUCCGGACUGAUUUAUUUUUCUCUGGUACAUCUCUAUUUUUAUUUAUUACAAUGAUUUUUCUCCCUUCUUUUACUGUGGCACAAAUAAAGUAGGGGGAAAAGAAUAAGCAAUAAUUAUGUUUUUGCUUUUGUUUUCAGAGUAAGGGGUCAGGGAUUAUAAGAAAACCUUUGCUAAGUUUUACAAUAAACCAAAGUCUGAUAACUGUU